AUGGAUAACCGCGGCUCUUUUUUCUUGUUCCUGUUGGCUUUCUACCUCCUUCUUAGCCAUCAGUCACGUCCGCCAUUACUCGAAGAAGAUCGGGAGCAUCAGCGCGAGCUUGUGCGUGAGCGACAUGCUCUCCAAUUGAUGAACGGGUCACAUCAUGGCGACCUCGACCCACUUGCAGAUAAAUGGCUCCCAUUUGCAGGGCUUCGGAAGAACGAUAGCUAUGCAUGGGAUCUGUUGCCACAGGUCCAAGGACUUGCACGUCACCAGUUGCAAUCGGCUCUAUCAAACGCUGGGCUUGAGCCUCCACAUGGGCUAGAGGACCCCACUGUGUCGCCGACCUUGAACCUGACGAAGCUACUGCUUCCAGUCUAUCGAAACUCGACAGGAAAGCUUCGGGGCGAUUGGGUACGACGGUCUGACGGCUCCGAUCGCCGUGAGCCUCUCAAUACGACUGCCAUCGCCGAGGAACAUGAAUACUUUACCCACGAGUUUAGCCACAACAUCACUGGCACCCAGGGUACCUUCUACUUUGAACUCGAAGAAGGGGGCGGCGAAGAGCUUCAAAUGGGUAAUGGACUUGUCAGGGAAAUGCGAGCGAGCUUGAGGGUCGAGAGCGACGAUUUCUGGGGCAGUACUUGGGGCCUUCCUCUAUUCGGUGUACAUUUCCCGGAGACAGGAAGUAUCAUUCUCAGUACAUCCAGCGAGAAGUACGGAGGAAUAUUCGCGUUGCCACAGUUGAUGCUUUCUCGCGACACCUACGAAUUAUCCCAUGGACUUCUUAUGCAGUCACUUUCGGAUACCAUCUCGGAAAAGCAGGACCGGCCCCCAACUCUAUUCCCCUGGUCCAGUUUCGCAGGCACCUCGCAGCUCGAGUUUCCUGCUCCGAAUUGUGAACAUAUUAUCUAUCUCCAGCAGCACCCUGUCAUGUUAGGAGACUCGCCCGCUGACAGACUGCUAUUGGAGCGUAUGGAACAAGAACUCAGAUACCCCAUGGGGGCUCCACUACCGGAUUCUCCUCUUAUGGUUAUGUCUGCUGUGGUCUUCUCCCCAGACUGCGGGUAUAUACUUGAAACAAAGGGUACACCCGAGUUUCCUCCUUCUGACACCUUGUAUGUCACCGGGCCAAAGCAAGAAGAGUACGCCAAAUAUGCCUCGCGUCUCAUCUUCGUGGUCUCCGGCGUGUUCGUCGCUCAGAUCAUGUUACUUUUGCGCCAGAUCAAAGAGGCUUCAACGCCUUCUACCCGGAGUCGGGUAAGCUUCUAUACAAUCGCAUUGAUGGCGCUCGGCGACGCAUUUGUUUUGACAUUCAUCAUCUUGGAAUUGUACGCAUCAGUCUCUCUUCUUGUUUUGGCCACCGCAUUGUUUUUGGCGUUCCUCUCAGUGAGCUACAUCGGAAUGAAGUUCAUGAUGGAAAUUUGGGCGGUGCAAGAGCCGGAAAGACGAGAUCAAGACCGUUCCUCGAACCCUCCACCUCCAGCCACACGCCCUGGAACAUUACCUUUACCCGCGACUGCCCCAACAGUGAGAGACUCUGGGGCCACCCCAAUCAUCUUGCCACCUGAUCAAGAUGCUCCUGCUGAUGAGAUGGAUGCUCCGGCCCCGGCCGCCCGAACCACGCCUCCAACCCCGAGCCAAAUUCGAAGCGACGUGGGAGCGAUGUAUGCACGGUUCUAUCUUGCAUUAUUCUCAAUGCUCAUCCUCUCCAUCUGGGCCUUCCUAUUGCCUAGGCGUCUUGGCUCAAUUUAUACCCGUGUCCUGACAUCGGUCUAUCUUUCCUUUUGGGCCCCCCAGAUUUACCGGAACGUGAUGCGAAAUUGCCGGAAAGCACUCCGAUGGGAUUUCGUUGUUGGCCAGAGUGUUCUUCGACUUUUCCCAUUCGUAUAUUUCCUCACAGCCCGCGGAAACGUACUUUUCAUCCGGCCUGACUACACGACUGCGCUCGUCGCGGUAGGAUGGGUCUGGAUCCAAGCCUGGGUCUUGGCUAGUCAAGAUAUUCUUGGUCCGCGCUUCUUUGUACCCCGUGGAUGGGCACCUCCUGCAUAUGACUACCAUCCCACGCUACGCGACCUGUCCGGAGCGGAUGAUGACCUUGAGGCCGGUUGUGGUGAUUUGUCUAUUGCAUCACUCCGGGCUGAUGAGCGAGAUCUGGUCAGCGAUGCUAAGGAUGAUGACAAGCAGCGCAAAGACCGUAAAAAGGCCAUGUUUGAUUGUGCCAUUUGUAUGCAAGAUAUUGAGGUGCCGGUCCUUCCCGCGCCGUCUGCUUCGGGUGGAAGUAGCGUCACCGAUGGUGCCUCUAGCAUCUUGAGUCGCCGGCUGUAUAUGGUUACGCCCUGCCGUCAUAUUUUCCACACGGCUUGUUUGGAAAGCUGGAUGAGACUCCGGCUUCAGUGUCCGAUUUGUCGUGAAUCUAUCCCCCCUGUGUAA